CGAGCACAAGCCACAGUCGGUCAUGUGCCAUCGGUAAGUAAACGCCUUGCCGUUUGCACGCAAUAUAAUAUAUGAACAAUCAGCUGAUGUUGGCCAUUCGUUGGAGGUUGGAUAUAGUACGAUAUAAUUAUGACUACAUUACGGACCACCACUACAACUGAAUUUCGAAAGCGAGUAUAUUUCGAUGGGUCGCCAUCACACGUUAUAAAUGACAAGUGCCUAACACCUUUAAUGAAAGCAUGUAUGUAUGGACGAUCCGAACAAGUCAAACUAAUCCUAGAAGAAAAACCAUUGACAGUGGUAGAACGGGAUGGUGUUUUUAAGACAGCGUUGCACUACUGUGCCGAAAACGACGAAGACGAUGCAGACUGCGCUAAGCUUCUCCUGGAAGCCGAUCCAUCUAUAGUCGAUAUACCCGACGACGAUGGUCACACAGCUCUACAUUUGGCUGUAAUCGCUGGUAAUUUGCCGUUAGUUCGAUUCCUGCUCGUGUCCGGCCAGGCGGACCCAAAUAAGCGAGAUGCCGAAGGUCACUCGACUGUUCAUUGGGCUACAGUAUGUGCCGACGUGGAUGCUCUCGAGUUGGUGCUCAGCCACGGAGGCACAACCAGUUCGGCCGACGUACACGGCGGAUAUGCCGUCCAUUACGCUGCUCAAAUGUGUGGAAACGGAGCUUGUCGUUCGGGCGAAGCACGGAAUACAGGUGUCCGCGUGUUGCAGCUGUUACUGUCGUUCGGCGCCGACGUCCACGUGACCGACAAACACGGACGCCAACCGAUUUUGUGGGCGGCCAGCGCGGGUAGUGCGGAUGCUAUUAUAACUUUGGUGAACGGUGGAGCAAACGUUGAAUCGCAUGACAAAGACGGACUGACAGCAUUGCACUGUGCGGCCAGUCGAGGACACGUAGAAUGCGUAGACGGACUUUUGACGUUGUGUGGAUGCGAAGUCGAUGCGGUGGACAGCAACAGUUGCUCGGCUUUGUUCUAUGCCGUGACUUUGGGCCACGCAGACGCGACCGAGAUGCUAUUGGAGCAUGGAGCUAAUCCCGAUCGACAGGAUGGCAAAGGAAGAACGCCAGCGCAUUGCGGUGCAUUUAAAGGACAAUUGGAAACGGUCCGACUUUUAGCUGAACACGGUGCCAAUUUAUGGUUGCGAAACUCAAAGGGUGGUUAUCCAUUGCACGACGCUGUGAGGUCUGGUCGCAAGGAGCUGGUCCUUUGGCUGAUAUCGAUGCGUCCCGAGUCUGUAGAUUAUUAUGAUGAUGACGGUAAACGACCAUUGCAUAUCGCUGCUCUUAACAACAAUUUGGAAAUGAGUAAGAUUAUCUUGGAUAAUGGAGCAUCAAUAAACCCAGUAAUGAAAAUCAAAGGAGAACGAAUGACUCCCCUUGAUGUAGCUUUACGAAAAAACAAUAGACAUUUGGCGAAGUUUUUAAAUCUUUUUGGUGGUAAGCCAGCUAGCAAGUUAAAUAAAACUUUGUCUAAACAACAAUCCACUGUUCGUGUUAAGACUAAAAGAAUUGAAUCUCGACGAAAUUCGUAUUCAUCUGAUUCAAUUAGCCGAAAAUAUCGCAACGGUGGUGGCCGUAAAAAACAAAUCAUUUCACGCAAAACUGAGAGCCCGAAACUUAACAAAGCGUCGAAGGGACGUGUAGUUCAAGUGCACAUAAGGGCAAACGUGUUGACGAAAACGGUCGGCAAGUCGCGAGACGACAGGAAGUCGUGCGGCGGUGGAGGUGGUACGUUACCGAAAGCCCGUCGAAAAAAGGCGACGGGCGUCACCAACGAGCCAAAGGAAUGUUUCAGCGAAAACGAUAUGUGCUACGGCGGCGGCGGCGGCGGUGACGACGACUACGACUACGAUUACGAGGACGACGACCACUAUGACGACGAUGACGGAGAGGACGACGACGAGGACAUUGACGAUGGUGACGAUGACUGUGCAGACGGCGGCGGUGGCGGCGGCUGCGUCGAAGAACAGACAAACGGUUCGGCUGCGGCGGCGGCAGCUGAUCAUUGUGGUGGCAGCAGACGACAGCACAGGAACAGGCGUCGUGGUAACAGGAUGGCGACUCGUGGCGGCAGCGGCGGUGGACGUCGUCGACGCGAUAAGGCGACGUCCAAAGCAAAUUCUGCAGCCGACCAACAAGAAUUACGCACAUCCGGAAUCGCAGCGACUUCCGGCGAGGUCAUAGGCGACGGUGGUAGCGACCAACCCACCGGAGCAAACCCAGCUCCCGGAGAACUCGACCGGGAAGGCGUGAAAUCAAAAGCAACCACUGAAAACGUGGACGCUAAAGAAGACGGUAUACGACUAAUGGACGGUCAGGCAUCAGUAAAGGCAGAAGUUGAAGGCAACGUCGAUCACCCUCUGGUGUCGGUUACGGGACCCGAAGAGACGUCGCACGAUAACCACGACAAAAGAGAUGGUGGUCCAUCAACGGCCUUUGUCGUAGAACAGGAAUUCGGUGGUUCGACGGCGGACGGCCCACCGGCGAUGAAAAAUGGUGAGUCGAAGUUGACCAUUAAGAAAGGUGGUGAGACCACGGUGAGAGGUGGUGAGGCCACGGUGAAAGGUGGUGAGGCCACGGUGAAAGGUGGUGCUGUGACAGUAACUACAAAAGGAAAUUUGACUGAACGGUCGACGAGCCGGGAGGGCGGCAAAACGGGUCAACCCAACAGCGGCAGGGCCAUAGUCGAAGUAUUGGAUCGCGUGGACACGCCACAACUGUCGGCCACGGUCGACGGCGAUGGCGAUGUCGGGGUGGGAGUCGUUACUGGAGGUCGGAACUUCGUCGGUGAACCGACCGCGUUCAGUGUGUUGCCCGACGCAGGACGGGAAGACGACAGGCCUUGUGAGUGUCCGGAUUGUCGCAAGCGAAAACCAUCGCGGUCAACUUCUAAAAAAAUGAAAAGCCGAAUUCCUCGAUUGAACAAUUAUUGUAGUUUAGCGCCUACUUCCGAUCUAAACACUAUGUCUGUAACGAAAGCUGUUCAAUUAAGCAGUAGAAAGUAUAAUUUGGAACGGUUGAUUUUUUAUCAACUGUCAGAAUUAAAACGGUUACAAAUCAGAGCGGGCAAGUCCGACGAACGAGUAUUGGUUAAACGACUAGUUGAAGAGUAUGGUAGUACAGGACUGUUUACUGGAUUGAAAAGAUACGACGGACCCUUUUCGUUUAAGCGUUUCGAAAAAUAUUUAUACGAUCAACUGCUGGUAUUGCAAAAGCAAUCGUUGACCAACGACAAAACCACGAUCCCCAGGGUACAGUCGAUUGACGAAGUGGAAAAACUGGCCGGAGCUUUGCGCCGGAUCGACGCUGGAAAAACGGUGCUGGAGAACCCAAACGAUUGUCUGUCAUGUGUCCGGAGUACGAACAGGUGUUUUCACGCCACUCACGCAUACACAGGCGUACCUUGUGCCGCAUACAUACCUAAGUUCCGAUUGGACCACCACCGGAUGCCGAAACCACCGGCGGACGAUGGUCGUCGACACCGCUUCCUGCCGGACAUCCGAACGGGCCAGGACAUAUCCGGCGGGACCACCACCCGGUGCCUACGAAACGUGGACCCGUCCAGGCCGAUCACACUGCAGCUGGGAAACGGGCCCUGUGCGCAGGCCAUCGACUUGCCCACCGAUAAGCUGGACAAGAACAGGCGGUACUUCGUGACGUUCACGAUCAAGGGGGCUGGGGAUGGCGCCCACAACAGACACCGUCCGCCAGGCCCACCCGCUUUCCGGUCGGACGGUCGCCGCGGUCACGCCAUUGACUGCAAUCCGCCGUUAGCCCACACUCACGCUAAGAGCUUUUAGCGUUUUUUUUUUUGUUUUUUAUUUUAUCCAACUGCCACCGCGUAAGUGGACUUCUCCUCGGACGGGAAGUGUUUCGAAUAGCCUCGUCGGAUCUAGAAUGAAUAUACACUCCCAGACGUCCACAGUGGUACGCGUGAUACAUAUUAUAAUAAGAAUUACACCAACGCCGCUGAAAAGUGAAGUUGAAUGACUUACUCGGUUUGUAUUAUUACACUAUCAAAUAUCAAAAUUUAUCGGAUUGGUCGAGCCACCACCAAUAGACACUAACCUAUUGAUUUACCGUUAAGAUGUUAAAUUUUGACUCGGGCCGAUCGUUUUCGGAGGCUCGCAGCCAACAUUUUGCGCUAGAAUGUUCUCAUGUCCCGAUACCCGCUCACUCUGUCUACGACGUAGCGAGUUUGAGUUCAGCAGAUUCAAUUUCGUGUUUUUAGGUAACCACAGAUUUCUAUAUAGUACAAAUAAAAAAAAAUGUAGACAUCUGUUUGCUUAAUACUAGAGUUAAUAGACCUAGAAGACAUUAUCUGCGAUCCCUCGUUGGUUUUUUACAAUACCUAUUUUAAUUUUUAAGCGAGUUAAGAUAAUUUUUAAUUACUAUUUUUCUUAAAAAAUAUUUUACCCACUUAUAACUGACUAAUGACUUGCAGACUAAUUAAAACAUCGUGAAAAAUCAACGAGAGACCUUACCUAUAAGUUUGAUAAACCAUCAUAAUUAAUAGGUGAAUGAACGAAUUAAGGGCGUUGGUACAAAAAUCGUGAAGGUGAAGUGAGGGUAGCGUGCCGUGAUGCACUCUCGGGGGUCACGUCUCUUGUAAACCCACCUUAACAAUAAUCCGCACAAAAUCGAAACUAUUGAUCAUAAGUUUUGGCAUGUUAAUAUGUUAUGCGUAUUAGUAAGAGUGUAAGACGGAGACAACUCUGUCGGGAUCUUACGUAGUACCUAUGUCCUGUUAAGAGGACACCCGCAUGUGUUGUCAACGUCUUACAAACGUACAACAUAUAGAAAAAACUGUUAUGCGUGAAAUAAAACCACUGAAGCUGUAGUCCAAGCUAAACAACCAAAUUUUUUUAUUAUUAAAAGAACAUUUACUGUGCAACAUCGUUUUUAUUUUUUCAAUGUCA